AUGGCAUCGCGACGUCGCUUCCCCACGUCCGUCGUCAAUCAUCGCUGUCGCGGCACCCCCGACUGCACCUGCGCUUUCUGCCAAGACUUCGCCGCAGCACCCCCCGCGAACCAAGCCGCGAACGUUGCAGCAAAUCCCGCCGCAACCCCCGCCACUGCCAGCGCGGGUACCACCAGAGACGCACCGCGUAUACCGUCGUCAGUGGAAGAAGCGACCGCGCUGCGAGCCGCCGUAGAUUUCGGCGGCGCCGCUCCGGACUAUCUGCGUCGCGGGCGGGCCGACUCGCAGUCUGGGGCCGACGGACCGUUAGGGGAUCGUGUAGGGCCCGCGAUUGACGGCGUGGCACGCGGCGCAACAGGCGGCGAGGGAGGCGGCAGAGGAGAGGAGGCGAUCGACGCGCAGAGCGGGCGGGAAAUGGCGGCUGGGCGAUCGGGACUGAUUUUCGCGACGGGGAUGCGUGGGCGAGACGUUCCCCCUGUGCCGUCCCUGCUGCAGCUGUGUGUGGGCGAGGUGGGGCGCUACCUGCCUUGCCUCCUCCGCAUGGACUCACGCGAGUGCGAGUUGGACUUGAGAGGCUUCGUGGCACUGCUGCCCUCGCACGCGCGGGUGCGUGUGCAUGUAUGCUCGUUGCAUGGCACCGUGGAAUGCAACGCCUUGUCGCUCCAGGCGCUCACACUCCUCCUCAAGGCCUGCCCCGCCUUGCAGGUGCUGCGCAUGGGGGGCUCCCCUGCUUGCAACAAGGUCGCCCGAGCAGCAGUCAAGUGGAUGCUACCGCAGCAGCCUGUAAGGGGUACAGAAGGUGCAGAGAGCGCAGAGGCAGGAGAGGAGGAGGUGGAGGGGGAGACAGCACAAGGAGAGAGGGAGGGGGGGGAGGGCGGGUGGGAGGGCAGUUGGGAGGAGGUGGAGGAGCGACUGGAGGAGAGAGUUCCUGCCCUGCGGUGGCUCAUCUGGCCUGAGGCGGACCCCAACACAGCAUCACUGCUCGCCUCCAAGUGCCCGCGUAUCCUCCUCAACCCCGCCCCGCCCUCUCCUCCUCCCCCCCACUCUCUGCCUCCCCCUUACUGUCACAUCCCCACUACUCUUCCCUCCUCCGACCCGUCCAUUCCUCCUAACCUUCCCACUUCCAUCCCUGCCCUCCCCUCCGCACUCCUCUCGCGCACCCCCCUGCAAGCCUUCCCGGCUCUCCCCCUCGACGCCCCGCACCUGGUCGGUAUCCCCCCGGCAGUGUGGGAGAGGGGCGCUGGAGAGGACGAGGAGGAGGGGGAGGAAGGCGAGGAGGAUGAGGAGGAGGGGAUAAGAGGAGAGGCGGAGGCAAGAGGGCGGAGGAGAGGAUUGGUGAUGGAAGGAGCACGAGCAAAGGUGAAGUCAGGAGCAGAGGUACCACAAGAGGUACCACAGGAAUCAGAGGCGCCACAGGAGUUGUCGGUAGCAGAGCGGUUCAGGCUGGCGUUUGUGGCGCGCGAUGAGAGGCUGGCGCCCAAGCGCGCCAAGAACCAGCGCCAGAGGGAGCGCCGCGAGGGGCGGGACCGCGCCGCUGCUGACGUGGCGCUGCGGGCGCGGCUGCUGGCUAGUGCUGCCACUCGAUUGCUGCGGCUGUGA